ACACUGCUACAGAAAUCGGCGGAAUUUGUGGAUUUUUUUUUUAUUUUAAUUUCUGGAAUGGGAAGCGAUUGCACGUCAAAAAAGCUCAAGAUGUCGGUUCUACAACAACUUAAACAAGUCACUACAAUUGUGGCUGACACCGGCGACUUUGAAGCCAUCAACAUCUACAAGCCAACUGAUGCCACCACAAAUCCUUCGCUUAUUCUGUCGGCGUCGUCCAUGGAGCGGUACCAGCCCUUGGUACAGAAGGCCGUGGAGUAUGCAAAAAGCCAAAAAGGGUCUUUGAAUGAUCAAGUUGCCGAGGCAAUGGACUAUUUGUGCGUGCUGUUCGGAACCGAGAUUCUGAAAGUUGUUCCUGGACGUGUGUCCACCGAAAUCGACGCCCGACUAUCAUUCGACACGAAGAACAGUGUGGCGAAGGCAUUGAAGCUGAUUAAGCUGUACAAAUCCCUUGGCAUCGAAAAGGAACGCAUCCUAAUCAAAUUGGCAUCCACCUGGGAGGGAAUCAAGGCGGCAGAGAUUUUGGAGAACGAGCACGGUGUGCACUGCAACCUUACCCUUCUCUUCUCCUUUGCGCAGGCAGUGGCAUGCGCAGAGGCUGGCGUCACCCUAAUCUCCCCCUUUGUGGGCAGGAUUCUGGAUUGGUAUGUGGCCAACACCGAAAACAAGAAAUUCGAGCCUCUCAAGGACCCUGGUGUGAUUUCGGUAACGAAAAUCUACAACUACUAUAAAAAGUACGACUACAAAACCCUAGUUAUGGGUGCCUCAUUCCGGAAUGUGGGCGAAAUCAAAGCGUUGGCUGGAUGUGAUUUGCUGACUAUUAGCCCGUCGCUGCUGAAGGAACUGGAGAACGACAUCGAUUCGGUGACAACAUAUUUGUCGGUGGACAAUGCAAAGGUGCAGGACAUCGAAAAGAUUUCCGUGGACGAAAGCAAAUUCCGUUGGCUGCUAAAUGAAGAUGCGAUGGCAACUGAUAAACUUUCCGAGGGCAUUCGAAAGUUCGCAGUGGACACUGUGAAGCUGGAGAAUUUGAUCAAAAGUUAUUUUAAGUAAGCCCUGGUAAUAGUUUCAAACAACAUUGUAAUGGGUGGAGGAUGAAAUAUGUUAAAAAAACAUAUAUUUUUCUA